AUGAAGAUAGUGCCCGCGGAAAUCCACCGCGCGGCUGGUCCGUUUUGCUUCCCUCCCCACCCGCCCACACCCGACGUCCCUCGGCGUCCCGACGUUCCUCGGUGUAGCGGUGUAGCAGACAGGCACACGACGGCUUUCUCGUGUCUUUGAACUCCACCAUCCCACAGCUACGUAUUUCCGGGCCCCGCCAGCUGAUGAUGUAGAGUGCACGCGGUACCCCACGCGCCUUGAUGUUCGCUGCCCCCUUCCCGCUCUUGGUAGAAGGCAGCCACGGCCACUGCCGUGCUGCUGGGUGUGGCCAAAUACUCCAGCACUUCUCACACAACUCCCGUGAUACCCCGCCUAUCCAUCGGGGCCAGGAAGCACUUUUCUCCCCGCAUAUCCAUCGGGGCCAGCAAGAUUUUUCUGGUACCCUUCCCCGCACACACGACGGGUUGGGUUCGCGUGCCCCCUCCUACACGCUCCUUAAUGGGGAUAAACACAAGAGAGCACACACUACUCUCAAGUGUACACGAGUGUUCUCCACCCGUGUUCGCGGGCCACAUACCUUGCGGGUACAACCCGCGGGCAUUCCCGCUCCGGCCUUGUCUCCAGACCCGCCCCAGCAGACAUUGGUGUUGUAUACCUCCAGGCCAUCUCCCGGUCUUGUGUUCCUUCCAUGCUGCUGGGGUGCAGGCGGCAGAACUCCACCGCCUCCGCGUGCCCCCUCCUACACGCCCUUUUAAUGGGGACAAACCGAUAUAGCAACCGGCUCGGGAGUAGCGGAUACUCUCCUCUGCCCCCCCGACCCGCACCUGCGGGCGAGCGGCAGCCUCCGUGCUCCCGCUCUAUGGAGCCCCCGUUGGGACUCCUGGUGGACAUGCACUACACAGCAUCCCCACCGUCGACAGCAUCCUCUUGGCGCCGCCUAACUUCGUCCGACCCCUCCUGAGUGGAUAAGUCGGUCGCUGGGACACUUUCGCUAGUGCCCCCAGCGGUAGCAACUCUGCUGUGCAACAGCUCUGCCACAACUUCUACAACAGACGGAGAGAGUUGGUGUACUGGAAUGCACCAAACACACCUUCAGCAGGGACCUCAACAGCCCGCACCAGGGCGCCAUCCACGUCCGGCCUACUGCUGCUCUCUCCUCCCGCAGUGUCGCCCUCCCUGACGACCACGCAGCUCUUGGUGGCUGCUCGGUGGAACACACAAAUCCCGCCGCACCUGCCGUGCCUCUCGCAGCACGGCCCGACUAAUCCUGGCCUCGCCCACCCGACUUGGCCUGCAGAAGCGAUGGCAGCCUGCCCAUCAUCUCCUACACCCCUGGUUCUCGCCUCAACUCGAAACCCUAGUCAAAACUUGCGCGUCGUGUCACUCAGUAAUGUCCUUACCACGGUAUCACGCACAACGCUCCUGCUGCUGCUUCUCACCACAGCUGAACACUGAAGAUCAUCGGGCUCCUCCGGAGGAUGCAUUCUAGAAUGUUGGUAUGCCCUUGUUGUGUGACCUCCAGAGUCCAAAGAGUGUUGUUAACGGCAUGUAUUAUCGUAGGGGGACAUGAGGGAGAAGGAGGGAGGAAGAGUGCCAGGCCCAAAGCCAGUCGAAAAGGGGGCCCGCAACUCGUAUCUCAAGGUCUCUCCUAGCCG